AUGGCUGCCACCAUACCCGAAAGUGCAAUCUACAAACCCUUCCACUCCCAGCGCCUCUUCUUCCGCGCACUAGAAGAGAACGAAAAAGACGAAGCCUUCUUCUGCAAGCUAUGCCUGGAGCCGCAAGUGAUGUUCAUGGCCUCACCAGUGCCCACCGUUCCCAUGAGUGCAGCGUCAAUCAAAGAGCUGCGAAAAGAAUUCGCAAAAGACUCCUUGCUCAUGGUCUUGAUCUGCAAACAACCCGAAUCCGCAGACAAGGAACCCGAGCCCAUUGGAUUGACGAAUCUCAGAAACAACAAAUUUAUGCAUAGUCGGAACGCGGAGCUGGGGAUUAUGAUCAUGCCCGAGCACCAGGGGAAAGGGUACGGACCUGAGGCUAUUUCGUGGAUUCUUGAUUGGGGGUUCACGGAGCAGGGGUUGCAUCGCAUUGAACUUGGGACGUACGAGUUGAAUGAACGGGCACAGAAGGCGUAUGUAGGGAUGGGGUGGGUGGUUGAGGGGAGGAAAAGAGAGGCGUUAUUCAAAGCUGGGCGCUUUUGGGAUGUCAUUAUUAUGGGGAUAUUGGCGGCUGAGUGGAAGGAAAAGAAGAGGGCUGCAAACUAG